UGCGGCGGCCCUGGCGGUAAUGCCCGGUAGCUCUGCCACCAAAGCUCCAACCACUGGAAGUGAGGUGGCGGCAGAGACGGGCAAUGCUGCCGCCCCGGGCUCCGACCUCUACAUUCAGAGAGGGAGAAGCCGGGGGGAUACGCCCCCUCCUCGUCGCGGUCGGAGUCGUCCGUCUCCAAGCACCCAAGGAGAGAGAUUGCAUCGUCGAGCGGGACAGUAAAGACGUCGAUAACUUCAGCAAUGAUAUGCAUGUAAUUAUGCUACAGGAUCGUCCGGAAGAAAAUGGGAGCAGAAUGUCCGCCGGCGCCCGCAUGUAUCUGCGUACGUGAUUGAGGCCUUUUUUUCCAGUGCUACGGCUUGCGCCUAGGGCAAACCCAAUAGCGAUAGCCUUAAAAGGCGAAGCCUAUAUACGACAUAGAACAACCAGAAGGUUGCUAUUCCGAUCCCCAGCUGCUGAGUGUUGAGAUGAUUCUCUUCCCCUUCCCCUCUGCAAGAAGACACCUCACUCUGACGGCUGACUGUCGCCCUGCGCGGCGGACUCCGCCGUCGAUGCGUAAAAGAGAAUUAAUGUUUGUUAGUGGCUUUGAAUAAAAGCGUCAGCAAAAUUCGGGAAACGCAGUCGGCUCGAAAAAAUAAGUAGCCUAGCUUAAUAGAAAACAGCGCUUUCUCAAAAAUAAGGUGAACAUUGACGUUUUGCACACACAUAGGUCUACACAAGUCAUACAAACACCCCUCUUAAAGACUUGGACCGACAUGAAAUAGCCUAACACCGAGUGCUUUCAUAUAAACACCACGAACUCUUUUUGGUCCGAUCGGUGAUAGUUUAACACUAGUAGUGAAGGAUUCAUCAAUAUAUGGCUGGUCGUGGUCAAAGUUCAAAGUCGGCUGGAUGCCGAGCAGUGUUUGUGUGUGUGAACGCCCAGAGCUUAUAAAGGGUUGGAGCACAGAGAAGGACUGAGUUGCCUCAAUAGCGAGUCUGAACCCUCUCGGUACACUGUAGGCGGACUAUAGGACUGCAGGAGGACUAUAGGACUGCAGCUGUCACCACGAUGUCUGACGGACGUAGCCUGGUCUACCUGGUGACCGGAGGAUGCGGCUUUCUCGGCCGCCACCUGCUCGGCGUGACGCUGGAGAAGGAGAAGCGGGUGCGUGAGAUCAGGCUCUUCGACAAGGUGGUGGACCCCCGUCUUACCGAGCAGAGCACAGACGGGGUGCAGGUGACGGUGCUCCAGGGGGACAUCACGGACUACCCCAGCGUACGGGAGGCCGUGCGCGGGGCUGACGUGGUCUUCCACUCUGCCAGCCUGGUGGACGUCUGGCACAAGGUGUCCCCGGCGGUCAUCCACGCCGUCAACGUCACAGGAACAGAGAACGUGAUCCAGGCGUGUAUGGAGCUUGGGGUCCAGUAUCUGGUCUACACCAGCAGCAUGGAGGUGGUGGGCCCGAACGUCAAAGGAGACCCCUUCAUCAGGGGAAACGAAGAGACGCCCUACAACAUCGCUCACGCCAUGCCCUACCCCCGGAGCAAGGCGGAGGCGGAGCGCAUCGUGGUCAGAGCGAACGGCACGGAGGUGAGCGGCGGUAAGACGCUGCACACCUGCUCCCUGCGGCCCACCGGGAUCUACGGAGAGGAGCACCAGCUCAUGAAGGACUUCUACGACAAGAGCGUGCAGGCGGGGGGGCGGCUCAUCCUGGGGGUCCCCAAGAACACGGAGCACGGCCGGGUCUACGCAGGCAACGUGGCCUGGAUGCACCUGCUGGCGGCGCGGGGCCUGAUGGAGGAGCCGCAGACGGUGGGCGGCCAGGCGUACUUCUGCUAUGACGACUCGCCCUACAAGAGCUACGAGGACUUCAACCUGCAGUUCCUGUCGGCGUUCGGCUUCAGCCAGGUGCACGUUCCCCUGGCGGCGCUCUGGUUCCUCGCCGUCCUCAACGACGUGCUGCGCUGGCUGCUGCGGCCCGUGUGUCAGUGGGCGCCGCUGCUCAACCGCUACACGCUGGCCGUGGCGUGCACCUCCUUCACCGUGAGCUCGGACAAGGCGCGGCGCCACUUCCGGUACACGCCGCUCUUCAGCUGGGAGGAGUGCCGGGCACGCACGCAGGCCUGGGUCGACACGUUUCCAGGCCUCGGCGCCAAGAAGGACUCCUGACCCUGACCCCGACCGGACGCAAUAAUUGUGGCUGCAACACGCACGCACGCAUACACGCACGCGCGCACACACACACACACGAACACACAGACACACAGACACACAGACACACACACACACACACACACACAGACACACAGACACACACACACACACACACACACACACACACACACCCCCCCCCCCCCCCCCCCCCCCCUCCUCGCCACAUCUACUAGACCCCGUCUGUAUGUGGGAUGCAGUUUGCACACUUCAAAUAGCCGCAUUGGAUUCAGUGCAAUCGUCCGUUGAGUCUCAUGGCCUUAGGGACUGUCUGAACGGUGAAUUCAUCCUUUCAGUCCCGACUCAGGAUCUGCAAAUUUUCUCUGUUCCUUAUUUUUAUAAAGACUAUUUUCAUGCUUUUCAAACUCAACCGUUUCUAAGAUCACGAUGUUAAGCUGACAUGAAUGCUAUUAAAUUAACUAAUUCUUACCUAUAAUAACAAUGAGGUGUCAUGUAUCUUCUAUAUGUCUCAGUAUAUCCUCUAGGAUAAUCAAAUAUUUAAAUAUAGCUAUAUAAAUAGUAUAAUAAAUAUAAUAUAUUCGCCUCUUCAUUUGCCUCCAGACUUUUCAUCUUCACAAUUACAAACGCUCAUAACAUUGUUCCAAACGUCUGGAUAGACCACUGAUUGAUGCAUAAAUCAUCUCAUAAAUGUGCAUGAGCCCUUGAGCGAACCAUACUU